AUGGGUAGGUUCGACGAAACCGUCGAUUCACUAUUAGAGACAUACUCUAAGUGCCUGUCACUGUUGAAAGACCUAGGUGGCACGUGUAGUGAGAGCCAGCCGCGCCAACUUCGAAAAUGUAUUCGUUCCGACCGAUCAAAAGUACGAAGGGUGUACUCCUCGCAGCUGUCGCUUAAAGGCAGUCAACUCGAAACAGGCGAUGCCACGGCGCGCUCUUCGCUGAGAAGAGUUAUCAAACGCCUCACCUCGGCGAUGACGCGACUUCUGCGGGCCAUGACGGAAACCCAGAAUCCCACCAUUGACUACCAGUCGUUGAGGUCGCUAUCUAGCUCGUUGUCUCUGGAUGCUGUUAAGACCAUCAAUGGACUCUCACGGCGGCUCAGCAGCUCAUCUUUCAAGUCCAAUUCUGCUUCGAGCAAGAAGAGCAAAAGCAAAAAGCGAACUAAGACCCCUGGAAAGUCGCCAACGGUGAAGCACAAGAAACUUGUUAGCGAUGAGGCUGAGCGAUUUGAAGAAAGACAGCAAACCCCGCCUCCUGCCUCAACCGCAGGCCGCGAUAGUGUUUCUCAAUCUGAUCCAAAGAAACGCGUCUCCAUGGCCACAGUAUCGUCGGGAAGCACGCAACUGGGCGAGGUUGGCUUCCACAAAGUCUGCCGGCGCCAGUCAUGCUACUCGGCAGCGUCGGGCGAUUUCAGCAUGCAGCCAAUAUAUCCUCUCAGACCUUACCAAUCAAAGCCCAAACGCAGGAACUUCUGGCGCUGGUUUGGGUAA